UCAGCUGCUCAGUCGGCUCGGGACAGCGGGCACCAGCUGACAGCCACGGCAGUCGAAGAGCCUUCGGUUGCCUGCUGCAAAAUUGCCUUUCACACUGGCUGACUGACGAAGCAGAGACUUGGUGAAGGAAUGCGAGACUAACGAACUAAGGAUGGUGGAGCAAAAUUGUGUGCUAAUAACUUGAAGUGUACAAAGCCUGAACUAACCAUAACCAACUGUGGAGAAAGUCAAAAGUUGCUGCACCAGAAUACCAUCAAGAUGGCAGAAGAAUCUUUGGUGGCAGAGGCAGAGUGUCGAGUGAGUUCUGUGCUGGGGAGGAACACUCGGGAACUAGGAAAACAACAUUUAUUUGAUGGUUCUCCAGAGACAUGUUGGAAUAGUGACCAAGGCAGUCCACAAUGGGUGGCCUUAAAAUGGGAUAAUCCAGUUACUGUCACAUCCAUCAUUGCACAGUUCCAGGGAGGUUUCUGUGGCUCUCCUGAUACAUAUGUGGAAAUCUGUCAGGAAGGCAGUUCAAAGUGGGAGGAGCUCGAGCUUUGGCACUUAGAAGAUGUGGGAACUGUCCAGUCAUUGUGUCUCCAGCAGCCAACAGUCCUUAGCAAGCUGAGAAUCAACUUUAAGAAUUCAACUGAUUUUUAUGGAAGAAUAAUUAUGUACAAGUUGGAUGUGUUAGGCCAUAAAGUGUGAUAUCUUUCUAAA